GGAAAUUUAAAGGGGGAGGGGAGAACUAUUGAUUUGGAGGGAAACUUCCCCCCCAAACUUAACAACUCACUCCAAACAAUAGUUCAAUAAUAAUAAACGGAACCCUGUUAACGAAGACUUGGCGACAAGGUUACAUCGUGGUUACUAAUUGUACCUUGGGGUUAUAGUAUAGAAGUUUGAAAAUGUAAGGGCACAACAUAAAAUUUCAAAAAGUAGCGGGUUAUAUUGUAGAAUUAAAAAAAAAAAAAAAAAAAAAGUGUGACUCGGAAAAAUGACCGAAGAGUUCUGUCUUAAGUCACGUUCAAAAAAAAAAAAAAAAAAAAAAAAAAAAAUUCUGUCUUAACUCACUCUUCCUCUCAAAUUCUCGCACCCUCUCCACUCUUAAUACUUCUCCGUCGCGCCGGAAAACAACCGGCGAUAACCACCCAACCACCUGGGUACAUCGGUUGCAUAAAACGAUUAUUCGUGUAUCGAGUACUUUCGAUUUUACGGGUAGUGAGAGAGCCCUGAAACGGGCGCCUAAUUAAAGUGUGUGACAUUGGACAACGUAAUGGCGGGAUUUGCAGCAGUUCCACCUAAGAUUACAACAGUGGAAACCUCUCACACCCACCAGCGUCUCUUUGACUUUGCUAAAACUGCUCUAUUCAAGAUCUUUCUAUUCCCUUAUGCUACGGUGUGCGAGUUGUUUUGUGGCCAAGUACCAGAUGUGGAGAAAUUUGAUGAUGCUCUAAUUGGUCAUUACAUUGGGAUUGAUGUGGAAACUUCUGGAGUAAGCCAAGUUCAAGUGGCGUGGGAGAGUCAGCGUAAAGCAUAUACUUCACAGUUCUUUGAGCUUGAUCCUUGCACAGAAAUUCUGGAACCACAUUUGCUGGACAUGUGCAAUGCAGUUGAUAUUGUUUGCUGCAUGCAGCAUUUACAGAUAUGCUUCACAUCUGAAGAGAGAGCAAGGAUUCUUCUGCGUAAUGUUUCAUCUUUGCUGAAACCAGGGGGUUACUUUUUAGGAAUCACUCCUGACUCCUCCAUGAUAUGGGCAAAGUAUCAAAAAAAUGUUGAAGCAUACCACAACAAAAGUGGUGGAAUGAAGCCGAACAUUGUACCAAAUUGCAUUCGAUCAGAGAGCUACAUGAUUACUUUUGAAGUGGAGGAAGAAAAGUUCCCCUUGUUUGGAAAGAAAUACCAGCUGAAGUUUGCUAGUGAUAACUCUGCAGAAACACAUUGCCUAGUUCAUUUCCCAAGCUUUAUCAGGUUGGCUAGAGAAGCUGGUCUUGAGUAUGUAGAGAUUCAGAAUUUAACCGAGUUUUAUGAUGAUAACAGAGCUCAGUUUGGAAGUUUAAUUUUAAAAUUUGGCCCGAAUCUGGUGGAUCCUCGUGGAAGACUUGUUCCUCGCUCUUAUGAUGUGUUAGGUUUAUAUACAACAUUUAUUUUUAGAAAGCCCGAUCCAGACAUGGCUCCUCCUAUUACAACCCCCGUGUUGCCGGAUGGACCUCAUAUUUAUGAUGAGAGAGAAUGGCAAGGGACUGCUUGGAGAGACGAUGAUCUUAAUGGUACAACAGAGCCGCCUCCUGGUCUUGGCAAGAUCAGUGAUCAGAAGGGGAUUUUAGGUCCUGGCCCUGUCGACUUACGUUUCCCGGAUGCAGUAUAACUAUGGAGCAAGAAUAUUGAACUCAAUUACACUUGUGAGUUUUUGACCUUGAUCUGCACUGACAUAGAGGAUCGGAUGAGAGUAAAUGAUGGUUCAUUUGUAAAUCAAACAAAUAAUUACACAUAGAAUUUUUAUUUUUAUUUUAUUAUUUGUUGAUAAUUUUAUAUAGUAUCCAAUAAAAUCACCAUAUAACUCUAUUAUUUUUUUUUUUUUGGAAACCAAGCAGCGAAUAUCAUUAAAAUAGGUCAAUUUCGGCCAAAGUUGUUAGGCUGGAAAGGACCGAGAGAAACAAAUUCAUCACAACCCCUAGCAUCCCAUCUUGCUACAUUAUGUGCUAGAGUAUUACCUGCUCGCUUGACAUGAGAUAAAGAAAAGGAACUAAAACAGGAAGAUAAGCUAAUAAUGUCAUCAUAAAGCAAAUAAAUAGGGGAGAAGCCCACUGAUCUGUUCUUGAAAGCCUUCACCACGUUGAUGGCAUCACUCUCAAGUUGCACUCUGUCGUAGCCCAGCCUUCUUGCUACCAACAAGCCAAAUCUACAAGCCGCUGCCUCUGCUAUUUCCACCCCCCAACCAGCAGGUUCCUGGCGCACAGCUGCAACAAUCACAGCACCAUGCUCAUCCCUGAUCACAAUGCCUAGCCAGUUUUUACACCCAAAUGAGCAUCACAAUUGACCUUCACACACCACUGCCUUGGACGGCCCCAAGACCUAGCAGAAGGACACCCAACAGGAGCAGCUCUAGCCAACACUUUCCCUGCGUACUCAUUGCUUUCUCGCACCAGGUUACCCACCCUCUUGCAACCUCUACCGCAUUAAAAGAAGCCCGCUCAAAGAUAAAUUUGUUCCUGCAGUAUUUGGCUAACAAUAACUCUAUUAUUAUCAACAAAAGUAUUUGACUAACAAUAAAUUAUUUCAAUGUCCUAAUUGGUCAUUUUGUCUGAACAACUAGUAAUUAACAACUACUCCGUAGUAUUUACCAAACAUUUCUAUUCAAAUUUACAACCAUUAGAUUGUGGGAUGAAUUCUCUCAUUGGUGAGGAUUUCAUUAUCCUUCCCUCUUUUAAGGAGCCUUAUUUGCGAAGUCUGAUGGGAUGGACCAAAGUGAACUUUUGAUAUAAUAAGAUGCAUUCUCCUUACUUAAAAAAAAAAAAAAAAAAAAAAAAAAAAAAAAUCAAAUCGCAACAGAUAUGUUGUAAUGCCUGUAGACGUGCUGACUGCUGAGUGCAUGACCAUUUAUCUCUCUUUCUCUCGUAAUUACUAUCUGCCAUCUAUACUACGUAGUAUUACUAUACCUGGUCUUUGAACCUCUGAAGACCCUUACACCAGCAUCCA